CUGCUGGGCUGCCGCGAGCUGGUGGCAAAGCUUGCACCCUGCUGGGUGGUUGGCCUCCGCGCCACGGGGGCAGGCGCCCUCACCGUCAAUAUGCAGGCACGCAGCAACGGCGGCGGCGGCAGCAGCAGCAACGGCGUUAGCGUCACCGAAGAAGCGGCGGGCGCGGGCAAGCGCGAGGGUGAGGGUGAUCAGGGCGGCUGCCGCGCGCCGGCGGCGGAAAGCGGAGGCUUGCGGGCGCCGACCCCGUGCAGCCAAACGCUUGUAAGCCCGGCGUUCGCGCAGCGUCGGGCCGCCGUCGCUGCGGCGGCGGUGGCGGCAACAACCGUGACAAUGCCGACGGCUUCGCAGCCUGCUGCGGCGCCCGCGGAGGCCAGUGCAGUGGGCCGGGCGGCCCAACCGGGCCCGAUGGGGGCGCCGACGCCGGCGGCGGCGGCAGCGCCCGCGGCUCCCGCGGUGACCGCGCUGGCGGCCGACGAAUACAGGCAGACGCAUGCGGCCGCGGCUGACCCUUCAGACCUCGAUUGGCUGCGGAAGCUCGGCCUGGGCCAGCUGCGGGAGGAAAUCUUGCUGGAGGGCCCUGCCUGGACGCUUCUUGAGGCGCCAGCAGCGCCUGUUGGCAUCCCGGCCCCUGCCGCCGCCGCCACUGGGAGCGGUAAGGGUGGCGGCGGCGGCGGCGGCGGGGCCGUUGCGCGGCGCCUGGCGCUGAUGGUACAGCUGGAGGCGGGCGCCGAGCGGGGCUCGCUGGCGGUGGCCGCGGCGGCGGGCGGGGUGGUCGUGCGCUACCGCUGCAGCGGGGCGGCCACGGGUGCUGAUGCAGGCGCGGGCGCGAGGGGGGCGGCGUCGGGCGCCGCCGGCGGGGAGGGGCGGCGCGGGGCCGCGGCCGCGCCCGCUGAGGUGGCGCGGGAGCUAGCAGUGGCGCUGCCACCGGGCCGAAGGAUCAGCAUUGGUGGUGGCACUGAUGUCAUUGGCACGGGUGGCGGGGGCGUGCGGUCGCUGCUGGUGCCUGGCGGGCGGCUGGUGGUGAUUGCGGGGCUGGAGUGA